CGGGGCGGCGUUGAUCCGGGUGUUCGGAUACGGGCUAGAGUUCAGCCGCUGAUGUCAAGUGUUUAUCUUAAAUAGAACUGCUCCCUCUUCGAAGUCAGACUGUGUUUGUUGAAUUCUAUUCUCAAUAGAGAUAUCCUGACUCUAAACACUCAUCAUGGUUGUCAUCAGUGUUCCGGAUAGCUACGGCUCCGUCAUCGCCGUUGCCCUAGGCGCAAUCCCCUUUCUGGGCUUCGUCCACGGCCUCAUCGUGACCAGCAGUCGCAAGGAAGCCAACGUGCCUUAUCCCCACAGCUACGCGACCAUCGAGCAAUGCAAGUCCAACCCCAAAGCCGAACAAUUCAACUGCGCCCAGCGUGCCCACGGCAACUUCCUCGAGAAUGCCCCGCAGACCAUGCUCUUCACGCUUGUCGCAGGUCUCAAGUACCCCGGACUGGCUACUAGCAUUGGCACCGCGUGGCUCGUGUGCCGGUCUAUGUUCCUUUAUGGAUAUGUCUACUCGGGCAAGCCGCAGGGUAAGGGACGGUUGAUGGGUAGUUUCUUUUGGUUGGCGCAGGGAGCUUUGUGGGGAUUGAGUGUGUUUGGGGUUGGGAAGGAUUUGCUUUCUUACUAAACACCCUUCUAUGAUGUAUAAUAUCCAUGGAUUAUGAUAUUUCGUUGAAUGCAACAAGUGUUUGUAUUUCUACUUGUAUAGUUGCGCCACACGUGGCUUCUCGGAGGGGUGGUAGAUUGUGGCAGUGCACGCGGG